CUGUUGCACAGUUCAUGGACGGUUAUCGGCAUUUGGGACGGUUGUUGUUGCUUCUGUAAGGCGGUUGCCUGUGUCACCAAGCAGACGUGUGCCAGUCUAGAAGCAGCGCGAUACAAGCUAUCUUCCCACCGUGAGACGAGAUGCGGCGCGGCCACUGAGCGGCGCGCGAGUCCGCAGCCAUGCCCCGCUACACGUGCAAGCGGCCGCCGCCGGCGCCCACCUCCUCGAUCCAGUUCGAUGCCGGCGUCUCUGACCGCAAGCCGACGGCGGCCAAGUCGGCCGGCACGCUCGGCCGCUGGGGCGUCACCAGCUUCACCUCCAUCCGCAGCAGCAUCGUCAAUGGCUCUGGCGCGCCGGGCGAGGCGGACCCCGUCGACGGUCGUCCGGCGUCGCCGCCGCCGGCGCACGCCGACCCGUUCUCGUUCGAGUCGACCACGCCCGGGG